CAGCCGCAGCCGGGAGGUCCUCUCCCCUGCAGCUUCACUUCUGUUCUGCUGCCUCCCCCAUCUUCCUCCUCACUCCCUCCUCUAGAGGUAGAGAGCUACAAGCCCCCCGAAUGGGCCGCCGCCGGCGGGUCUUCCUCCUCCUCCUAUUCUUCCUUUUCUUGCUGGUUGUUAUUUUGAUCCUCGCCUCAGCCGCCACCGCUACCCACAGCAGCCAUGCCAAUGCGCGGGCCGCCAUUGCCGAGGAGGUCGAGGAAGGCGUUGGCGUUCAGGCCAUGAUGCUGAGGAAGACGAUGCUGGGGUCCCGGCCGCCGAGCUGCGAGGGGCGGUGCCGGUCGUCGUGCGGCCGCCGGUGCGAGGCCGUGCAGGUGCCCGUCACCCCGCACGACCUGCUUCAGAUGCUGCGCGACAGGAGGAAGAAGAAGACGUUGCAAGAAGCGGGAGCAGGAGGCGGCCGCAGCAGUGGCGGCGUGUCGCUGCCUUCCUCCUACGACGACCGCUCCAACUACAAGCCGCUCGGCUGGCGAUGCAAGUGCCUCCACUCCUAGUCCUAGCAAGCACCCCUCAUUCUCCUUUCCGAAGUUGCCCCUCAGCUUGGCCUCUUGAUUAGUAUCUCCUGUGCAUAUACAUAUGUGUGUAGUACGUACGAAGCACCUCGUUACAUGAUCGGUGUAUGGGGAUUAAGUAAGUAGAACGAAAGAGAGGUUGCUUGUCUUGCUUAUUUUCUAGCUAGCAUGCAGCUUGUUCAUGACGCUGGUGAUACAUCGA